AUGCUCAAAGCUCCACCAGUCGGCGGCGGCGCACCAGUCGACGGGCUCCAAUUUGCAGUUGGCCUUGCCGGAAUCUAUCCCGGCAGAACCACCGGCGGGAUACGGCCCUUGGAUGCAGGUGGUGCGGAAAUCGCGUCACCAAACCAGGAAAGCCCCGCCAAUCAAGCUAGCACAUCAGCAAUCGCAACGGGCAAAGGAGGUAAUUUAGGAAAGGCAGCAACCAAAUCAUCUCCGGAUCAGAAAAAUGAAAAAGGAAACACAGCUGAUUCAAAGGCGAAGGGAAGGAAAGAAGAACGAAAGGGAGAUGGCAACAAGGGUAAGAAUUUGAGCAAUAAAGAGAAGGUGGUUGCGGUCAACAACAGCAGUGCGGCCAAUGAGUCUAAGAAGCCCAACCCCACCCAGGCCUGGCGGGUAGUCGGGCCCAAACCGAGUGAAGCUCUAAACUCCGAGAUGGAAAUGGAUCAACGUAUGGAUAGUAAACUCGGACCGGAGCCCAUCACGAUGGAAACUAAUGGCCCAAAUCAAGAUAUACACAAGGCCAUGGAACCAGCAACCUUAUCGUCCAACACCCUUCUGCCUUCCCCACCACUUAAUGAUGCUGUUGUGGAUAAUGCCUCAAUUAGAAAGCAUUUCAGCAAAAGGCAGAGAGGGGUGAGCUCGCAAUCGACAAAGAAAAGAACUGUGCAUCUCCAGGUGGUUAAGAAAGGGCAAGGAUCGUCUUCUACAACUAAGAAUGGGAAACGAGGGUUCCAAAAGAAGAAUAGGAAUCCCAUGUCCAGGGAAGUGGCGGAGGAACUCUUCCCGCAAUCUCAACAACACCCGAUGGUGGAAAGUAAGGAAAAGAACUCCGAUGAGGCCAACGAUCUAAUGUCCGCAAGCUCGACCGUCCCGGAUAUCGAGCAAGAGAAGAUGGUGGAGAUUACUGGGACCCAGGAAGUGGGUGGAACGGUUAAUUCUCAUGGGACCUAA